UAAACUCAAAAGAAGCAAUUUGUGGCACUUACUCCUCUAGUAAAGGUAACAUUGCACCACUUCCACCCAGCAGCUCCAUGGCUUCAGCAAAGAAAUCAAAGCUGGUGUGGACUUACCCAGCUCAACACUUGAAAUCUGACCUGCAGGUUCCUGCUCAGCCACAGCUUCCUCAAACAUUUCCCUGCCAGUCCUUACAAGAUCCAUGCUUUGAUGGCCACAUUGCUGUUUACCAUGGCACAAUAGACCAGAAAGCUUCUGGCUUUCUGGCCUUCAAGCAACAACAUUGUUCAUCAUGGGGGAGCAUUGUCUCUUUUUUGGAACAUACAGAAAAGCUUCUCAAGGACUAUGCUGUACCCUUGGCUACAAUAAACUGUAAGAAGUUGGCAGAAGUUGCAUCAGGCUUUGAGCUUAAUGAGAAUCCCACCAAAAGUGACAUUCUGUCAGUGAUAAAGAAUCAGCCAAGUGUGGAAAAGUUCUUAAAUCGACCUGGCCAGAGAUACAAAGGCCAAGGGGGUAUCGAAAUGGCUGCGACAAAGAUCCAAGCAACGUGGCGAUGUCACCAGGCCAGAAGAGCCUCCAUCCGUUGCAGGCAGCAGCAGUGGGCAUCAGGUGUGAUUGCUGCUUCUUGGCUCUUGCAUCAUCACAUGGCACGUGUGAAGAAGAGCCUGAAGGAGUCACGUCAGAGACACCUGGAGAAUUUUCACAUCAGGGCCAAGCAUCUGGCAGCCAACUGGAAUCGCAUCAGGACCUCCAGGAGGACUAUUAUCCAUAUCCCAUCAUUAGGAUAUUCCCAGUGUGUCCGUGAGCAUAUUCCCGAUCUUGCUCUCCAGCAGAACAUGCAGAUGGGAAGGCUGUGUGACAUACUGGAUGCCAACGUGGACAUCAUCUACAUCUGCCCCCUUCGUCUGAGUGAGGAGUUACUGCGGUAUUACAAUAAACUCCUGGGUCUGCAGGCAGCUGUUAGAUCUGGGAACCCUGAGGACAUGAGUGACCUGCAGGACAGGUUCAAAAUUCUCACCCCUGAAGCUAUAAACAGCUUCCCUCAGCAUCACAUGUGCCUAGCCACUCAGCUCAAGUACAGUCCCAAGACAAUCAAAAGAAUAAAACUUCUUACCCAGAGCAGAGAUGCUUACAUUAUUGGAGGGGUUCCCCACCAAGAUGAUUUAGCAGUGGCUGACAUGCUCAAUGUGCCUAUAUUAGGCUCGGUGCCAGAAGUGGCUCAGCUCUAUAGGACCAAGUCUGGAAGCAAAAGAAUUUUUGCCAGUGCUUGCGUGCCAACCCCUCCUGGAGAAUCUGACAUCUACAGCCAUGAGCGGCUGAUCAGUGUCCUCAGCCAGCUCAUCAUUGACAAUAUGGAAGUGUGGCGUUGGUUGUUUAAAGUGAACGAUGAAGCUGGAGGAAAUGGCACUGCUUACUGCGAUAUCUCACAUCUGAGAUGCUACCACUGGGCUCAGGAGGAAUGCCAGAGAUACAGCCCUGAGAUGUGGAGUAAGAAGUGGGCCCACGAGCCAGCUUUGGUGAAGAUCUCCCAGGAGCUGCCGGGCCUUUUAGCACAGCACGUACAGCCAGUCAAUGAGAAACGAUUCCCUACAUGGGAAAAAUUCCUCCAAACAUUUCUCAGUCAAGGUGGUGUGAUAGAAGCCUUCCCACCCUCCAAGAACAUCACAAACCUGACAGUGGAUAUGCUGAUAGAGCCAACGGGUGAGAUAAAGAUGGUGUCAUCUGGAGACCAGCUCCAUGCUGAUGGGCCUUUGCGAUCAUCUGGCACCACCAUUCCACAACGUUCUGUUGAUCCAACAGUUCUUAAUUCACUCUGCUUCAAAAUUGGAGAAGCCUGUAAAUCCAAAGGAGUGCUUGGCUACUUCUCAGUUGAUUUUGUGACUUUCAUCCAUCCACAAAGGAUGGAGCAGCAGGUAUGGGCAACAGACCUUGACCUUUGCUACAGUGACCAGCUGGCCUUGACUCAGCUCACAUUGUACAUGACAGAUGGAAACCUGGAUUGUCACUCCAGCUGCUUUGAACUGUCCCUUGGUGCAAACAAAAUGAAAAGCCAAUGUAUUCAGCACGAGGAGACAAAAACUCCUUUUCCACUCAGCAACCGGUGUGCAAUAGCAAGCACUCAACUGAGGCACUCCAGCCUUUCUGGAAUCAACUACAACCUUCUCCUCCAGAUGUGUAAAGCUCGUGGUGUUGGAUUUGACCUCCAGGAGAAACAGGGAACAGUUUUUAUCUUGUACGAAGACCAGAAGCGAUACAGACUGGGAAUGAUAACAAUCGGAGAGGAUCUCCAGGGGGUCCUCCUGACCUUUGCUCGCAAUCUCUUCAUCAUCCAUCAAGAAAUAUCACCACCUAAUAUGCAAGGCGAGACCAAUUUUAAGAUGGCAAUGCAAGGUAUCUCAGCCAUUCUAGGGACUACAGCAGGAAACACACUGGAAUGGGAAGAGGAGCAACCUUCAACAGCAGGUGCUCUGGAGAAAUAGUUAAAGGGAAAUGUUUACAUGCCUUAUUUUGUGCUCCUGGAAAGGCUUCCUCAUCUGUAACAGCAGGUUUGGUUUUCCUUCUGCGUUGGCGGCUGAAGAGACAGGAACUGAAGCAGCUCAUUUCAUAGAAUCACAGAAUGGGCUGGGUUGGGAGACCUUAUAGAUCAUCUAGUUCUAGCCCCCAUGCCAUGGGCAAGGACACCUUCCACUAAACCAGGCUGUGCAAGGCCACAUCUAGCCUGGCCUUGAACACCUCCAGGGAGGGGGCAUCCACAACCUGCCUGAGCAACCUGCUGCAGUGUCUCACCACUGUUACUGUAAUAAAAUUCCUUUCUAAUA